AAAAUCAUCGGAGAAACUCCAGCGUCUGAGCCAGAAGGCUUAAAACUAUCAAGUCAUAUUUCUAAUCGCUGGAAAAUGUGGCUCAAAACGGGACAAACUAAAGAAACUAAAGAGCUUCUACUCAAAAAAUACCCCAGAAAAGGUGAAUGUUCUUUAGAGGCCCCGAAGUUAAACCCUGAAAUUGCUGCAUCACUAAAUGAUGGGUCUCUUAAGAGAGAUAAAUACUUCUCAAACACCCAAAACUUAGCUGGCUCUGCAUUAUCAGCAUUAAGUUUGGUCAUCGAUCCCUUACUCACAAAGAAACGAGAAGAAAUUGACAUAAAAAAGAUGUUAGAAAAUUUAUGGGAAUCUUCACAAAUUUUAAUUGAGUUGUACCGAGGACAGACUAUAGCCAGAAAAGCUUGUAUUCUGCCUAGUCUAAACAAACAAACGGCUGCACUAUUGGGGAAGACUGAGACUGGUGAGCUGUUAUUUGGAGACAAGUUGGGGGAAAAGAUUAAGGAAUCUAAGGUUAUUGAUAAAAUAGGGACAGAUAUAAAAUCCCAACAGUCUUCUAAGAAACCUGGAGCUCCAACGAGCCAUUUAAAUGUGAAGAGCCCGUCUGUUCCACGAUACCAAGCUCAGGCGGGCACAAAACCAAAACCAUCCAAGCCGAGUUACAAUCAGAAAUAUUCCAGCCAAUCGAAAGGUCCACAGAGUCACCACCGGGGUCAGAACAGCAAGAAUCGGAGCCGAUAUUAAUCAACGAAUCUCAGCGACCAACGGUCCCAUCCCAUGGCGGCGACACUUACCCUGGCGGCCGUCAGAUUAUCAGGGAAGCGUUCUCAAGAAAAAAUCUACCAGAAUCAUCAUUAGAAAUUCUGACAGCGUCUCUAGCAGAGUCUACUAUUAAACAAUACAAUAGUGCGUUAAAGGACUGGUGGAUGUUUUCAGUAGCAAAAGAACGGGACCCAUUUGUCGUUGACGCAAGUUCAGUACUAGAUUUUUUAUCACAGAAAUUCAAGGAUGGCGCAGCUUACGGGACCCUCAACACUACAA